AUGACCAGACAGAUGUCUCUCGGAGGUGGCCCUCAUGACGCGCGGCUUCGAAACUGGUGUAACGCUUCAGCGAAGCCCAAGAGAGCUUCCACCCCGCUUGGUCACUCCCGGUUUUCGCCUCUUUUCGUUCUUUCUCCAAUUGAGUGUGGAUUCCUUUUGGAGCAGACAUUUAACUUGCCUUACGAUCCAAUUCAAACUGCAUGCAGAGGGAAAUCAUCUGAACACUGA